AUGUACAGCAAUGAAACCUUACAUCCUCCACCAGGAAAUGGCCCUCCUAAUCAGAUUCAUCUCCCGCAUUUGCAACAGAGUCAUGCCUCUCUUCCUCCUCCUCCUCCUCUCCCUGCGGUACAACAAUCCUACAUGUACCCGCCUCCAACUCCACCUCCUGCUUCCUCAACCCCUCAAGCUCAGCUAAUCACAAUGCCAGGAACAACUCAAACAUAUCCAUAUCCGGUUUCAAUGUUACCUCCCCCGCCACCAUUACCUCCUGGCACUAUCCCAAGCUUCCCACUUCGAAGUUUGGAACCUCCUGGGAUGCCUCUUCCUCCUCCUCCACCACCACCUCGUCGAUCUUCAUCUUGUGAAAACCCUGAAGCUGCAAAGAAUGUUUGUGAAAGUUUGCCUUUAAAUGGCGUAGCUCUUGAAGACGCUGGAUCACACAAACAGAGUUCUACUUCUAUCCAUUGUGAUGAAUCUUCUCCAUCACUUGACAAGGCAGAGCAUGGUUCUUCAUCAUGUAGUUCUGAUCCUGACAUUGAAAUGGAAGAUGAUAUCACUCUGCCUGAGGAUGAGACUUACACAAGCCAACCUCCACAACAUAUCUCUGCUGAAACCAAUUCUAUCACCGUAAAUGUUCAAACAGAGCUUCCUGGUUCGAAGUCAUAUGCUCUAUUACACCAAGAUGCAGAUGAUGGCUCAAGACAAGCUUCUUCCUCGCCUUACUCCGGAAGAGCCAAGAUUGUCCCUGAAGACAUGUAUGAUCCCUUCGUAGACGGCUUUGAACCAGAGUCUGUGAAACUGGAUUGCGUUCAGGAGCAUGAACCAACUAACGACUCAUACACUGUACCUAAGGCGAGCAUUUCCUCAAACAGACCACUCGAUGUAGAAGAACACAAGCAAGAUGUUGAUAAACAAGCUGUAAGCGAGUCAGACAUGACAGGUAGGGUCAGUGUUUCCUCAAACAAACCACCAGAUGUUGAAGAAGAAGACACCACAAGACACGAUGUAGCAGCAGUGGUUUCUAGAGACAACGAUGGGUUUGGUGAGAAUGCAGAAAACGAAAACAGCCAUGAAACAGGGACUCCAAACUCCCAUAACGAGAAUCUGAAAGCGAGUAACGAUGUAGCUGAAGGCGAUGAUAAUAGCACGAGGAAAAAGUCUCGAGGGGAUUCAAAGGAGGAAGAUUCGUCAAGGUCCAUGAAGCUUUUCAAAGUUGUGCUAACGAAAUUCGUGAAGGAUCUUCUGAAACCGUCGUGGAGGCAAGGGAACAUGAGCAAAGAGGCGUUUAAAACUAUUGUGAAGAGAGCGGUGGACAAAGUUGCGAAUUCAAUGGAAGGUCGUCGUAUACCCAAAUCAAGAGCUAAGAUCGAUAAGUACAUUGAUAGUUCAGAGCAGAAGCUGACUAAACUAGUUAUGGGUUAUGUAGACAAGUACGUCAAAGCAUAG